AUGGCACCUCACGCGGAAGUAGGCGUCGGUACCGUGAACGGGUAUAGCGCUCACGAGGCUCAACCAUCGACCAAGGGUCUCUUCACUGUCAACUCGCCCAACGUAACUUACACUGACGACCAUAUCAAGAGUAAAUACGUUUAUCGCACCACCGCCGUCACCAAGACUGCCGAUGGCAAAUACACGGCGUCUCCUCAGGAAACCACUUACGACUUCCAAGUCGACCGCAAGAUCCCCAAGGUCGGCAUGAUGUUGGUGGGAUGGGGCGGUAACAAUGGCUCCACCGUCACUGCCGGAAUCAUUGCCAAUCGUCGUGGCUUGGUUUGGGAUACUCGUGAAGGACCUCGGGCUGCCAAUUACUAUGGCUCGGUCGUCAUGGGCUCCACCAUCAAACUCGGAACUGAUACCGAAAGUGGUGAGGAGAUCAACAUUCCUUUCCAUGACGUCUUGCCCAUGGUUCAUCCCAAUGAUUUGGUUAUUGGUGGUUGGGAUAUCAGCAGCAUGAACAUUGCUGCUGCCAUGGAUCGUGCUCAAGUUCUCGAACCCACUUUGAAAGCCAUGGUGUACAAAGAAAUGGCUCUCAUGAAGCCCUUGCCCAGUAUCUACUACCCCGACUUUAUUGCUGCCAACCAGGAGGAUCGUGCCGAUAAUGUCCUGCCGGGUAACAAGGCAUGCAUGGCUCAUGUGGAACAGAUCCGAACCGACAUAAGAAACUUCAAGGCUCAGAACCACCUUGACAAGGUCAUUGUUCUCUGGACUGCCAAUACUGAACGUUAUGCCGACAUCAUCCCUGGCGUCAACGACACUGCUGAAAACCUAUUGAAGGCUAUCGAGGAGGGACACGAAGAAGUUUCUCCUUCCACCGUCUUUUCCGUCGCCUGUAUUCUCGAGAACGCUCCGUUCAUCAAUGGUUCUCCCCAGAACACCUUUGUCCCUGGCGCUAUCAAACUUGCCGAGAAGCAUCAUGCGUUCAUUGGUGGUGAUGAUUUCAAGUCGGGUCAAACCAAGAUGAAGUCUGCAUUGGUUGAUUUCCUCAUCAACGCAGGUAUCAAGUUGACCUCGAUUGCCAGCUACAACCACCUUGGCAACAAUGACGGAAAGAAUUUGAGUUCCCAGAAGCAAUUCCGUUCCAAGGAGAUUUCCAAGUCUAAUGUUGUCGACGACAUGGUGGCGGCUAACACCGUCCUGUACAAGAAGGGCGAGCACCCGGACCACACUGUCGUCAUCAAAUACAUGCCGGCUGUCGGUGACAACAAGCGUGCCUUGGAUGAAUACUAUGCCGAGAUCUUCAUGGGCGGUCAUCAGACCAUCAGCAUCUUCAAUGUGUGCGAGGACUCAUUGCUCGCUUCGCCACUGAUCAUUGACCUGGUCCUCGUUGCUGAAAUGAUGACUCGAAUUCAGUGGAAGGCCGAGGCUGCUGGUGAAUACAAGGGCUUCCACAGUGUCCUCAGCAUUCUCAGCUACAUGUUGAAGGCACCCCUCACCCCUCCUGGCACUCCAGUGGUCAAUGCCCUCGCCAAACAACGUGGUGCUCUGACCAACAUCUUCCGUGCAUGUGUCGGCCUUCAACCUGAAUCUGACAUGACGCUCGAGCAUAAGUUGUUCUAA